UACAGCCACAAGAGGGCGCUUUAGCCGACGAGCGCGAAAAAGAGGCAAAUCCGUGCACAACAUGGCGAACGUAGAACAGGAGCUUGUGCAGCUAGAGCUGCUGUGCAAGCAGCUCUAUGAGAGCCCGGACACCGAGCAACGUACGCAGGCCGAGAAGGCUCUCGUCAACUUCACCAACUCUCCAGAUCUCAACAAAUGCCAGCUUUUGCUUGAAAGAGGAAAUUCUGCCUAUGCCCAGUUACUUGCAUCAUCAUCACUCAUCAAGUUGGUCUCCAAGACAACCACAGUCAUUCCCCUUGAACAGAGGAUAGAUAUCAAAAAUUAUGUUUUGAACUAUCUUGCCAAUAGAACUAAACUGCCCAACUUCGUAUCGCAGGCACUCAUUCAGUUACUGGUGCGCAUCACCAAGCUAGGCUGGUUUGAUAGCAGGAAAGAUGACUAUGUCUUCAGGAAUGUCAUGUCGGAUGUUUCAAAGUUUCUCCAGGGUUCCAUGGAACAUUUUGUCAUUGGAGUACAACUCAUGUCACAACUUGUCAGUGAAAUCAAUCAGCCUGACAACAUCCGUCCUCUGACCAAGCAUAGAAAGAUAGCCUCCUCCUUCAGAGACACCAUGCUCUUUGAGAUCUUCAACAUGGCAUGCAAUCUACUCAAGCAAGCUUCCAAAGGCGGUAUCAACAUGCAGGAUGACAGCAAGCAAGCUGUGAUCAACCAGCUCCUCCAGCUAGCCAGGAACUGUUUGACCUUUGACUUCAUAGGAACCUUGACCGAUGAAUCCUCGGAUGACCUGGGUACUGUCCAGAUACCUACAGGAUGGAGGUCAGCCUUUCUGGACUUCAGCACUGUACAUCUCUUCUUUGAUCUCUACAAAGCACUACCAGCAACUUUAGCACCAAUAGCCCUUUCCUGCCUAGUUCAGAUAGCAUCAGUACGGCGGUCGUUAUUCAACAAUUCAGAACGAGCCAAGUUUUUAUCACAGCUAGUCAGCGGGGUCCGGGGCAUCUUGGAAAAUCCACAAGGUCUUUCAGAAGCAGCUAACUACCAUGAGUUCUGCAGGCUACUCGCAAGAUUAAAGUCAAACUAUCAGCUGGGUGAAUUGGUCAAAGUAGAAGACUACACAGAAGUCAUAGCGUUGAUUGCUAAGUUCACCGUCUCAAGUUUACAAGCACCGGUCUGGCAAUUCGCACCCAACAGUAUUCACUACCUCCUGACGUUAUGGCAGCGGAUGGUCGCUUCCGUACCCUACGUCAAGGCCACAGAACCCCAUCUCCUGGAGGUGUACACCCCAGAGGUCUCCAAGGCCUACAUCACCUCCAGGUUAGACUCGGUGACCAUGGUCAUACGGGACGGGCUGGAAGACCCCUUGGAUGAUACCGGUAUGGUGCAGCAGCAGCUGGAGCAGCUGUCCACCAUAGGUCGGUGUGAAUACGAGAAGACCUGUGCACUUCUCAUUCAGCUCUUUGACCAAUCGGCGCAGGAUUACCAGAAGACCAUACCGUCUAGUCCAGAAAUGGCCAUACAAGAAGGUCGAUUGACUUGGCUGGUGUAUAUCAUUGGGGCCGUGAUCGGUGGUCGGGUCUCUUUCACCAGUGCGGAUGAACACGAUGGGCUAGAUGGGGAAUUGGUCUGCAGAGUAUUGCAGUUGAUGAACCUUACCGAUGCCAAGCUGUCCCAUGGUGGAUGCGAGAAGCUGGACAUUGCCAUGCUCAGUUUCUUUGAACAGUUCACCAAAAUAUAUCUCGGACACCAGAUACAGAAGUCAUCCAAGCUGUAUAGGACGUUAUCCCAGGUGCUAGGACUCCAAGACGAAUCCAUGGUUCUCAGCGUAUUCAUCGGUAAAAUUAUCACCAACCUCAAGUACUGGGGAGGCAGUGAGCCCAUCAUCUCCAAGACGUUACAGCUCCUCAACGACCUAUCUGUCGGGUACAGCAGCGUCAGGAAGCUAGUCAAACUCGAGGCAGUGCAAUUCAUGUUAGCUAAUCAUACAAGCGACCAUUUCCCAUUUCUGGGAGCCAACGGCACGUUAUCGGUCCAUGACAUGAGAUGCCGAUCGACGUUCUACACAGCCCUCGGGCGGUUACUGCUGGUAGAUCUAGGUGAGGACGAGGAGAGGUUUGAGACGUUCAUGGUACCCCUCACCACAGCCUUCCAGUACGUAGGCAACCAGCUGGCCAACGCUAAGACGGGGUCAGGGUGGAAUGAAGCAAACACAAAGAGGACACUGAUUGGACUAGCUCGAGACAUCAGAGGGAUUGCCUUUGCAUUCAACACUAAGACAAGCUACAUGAUGCUCUUUGACUGGAUAUACCCUGCAUACACCCCCGUCUUACUGAGUGCCAUUGAGCUAUGGUACCAUGACCCUUCGGUGACCACGCCCCUUCUCAAGCUCAUGGCCGAGUUGGUCCAGAACAGAUCGCAGAGGUUGCAGUUUGACGUCUCCUCGCCCAACGGGAUCCUACUCUUCAGGGAAACCAGCAAGAUGAUGGUCGCAUACGGUUCAAGAUUGCUUACACUUCAAGACAUUCCAAAAGACCAGAUCUACCAGAUGAAGUUGAAAGGCAUAGCUGUAUGUUUCUCUAUGUUGAAGGCUGCCCUCUCUGGCAGUUAUGUCAACUUUGGCGUAUUCCGUCUCUACGGCGACAGUGCGCUGGAAGAAGCCCUGCAGAUGUUCGUCAAGCUCCUCCUCUCCAUCCCUCUCAGCAACCUGCUGGACUACCCUAAGCUAAGUGGAUCCUACUAUGUGCUGCUUGAAUGCCUAGCCCAGGAUCACAUGGGUUUCAUCAGUAGCUUAGAACCCCAAGUCUUCCUUCACGUCUUAUCAUCAGUAUCAGAAGGUCUAACGGCACUAGAUACGAUGGUGUGCACAAGCUGCUGCGCCAUCCUAGAUCACAUAGUGACGUUCCUCUUCAAGCAACUCACCAAGAGCGGUAAGACGAGCAGCCAGCAGAGCAACAGCUGGCCCAAGAGUGGAGGGGACACCAAGAACUACAGCAACCUCCUGGAUGUACCGAGGGAUCUCCUCAGACAGAUGCUGUCGACAGUACUGAAUAUCAUCAUGUUUGAGGAAUGCAGGAAUCAAUGGUCCAUGUCCAGACCACUCUUAGGACUCAUUCUACUCAAUGAAGAUCAUUUCCAAGAGUUCCAGCAGUCUGUAAUCAGUGCCCAGCCGAUGGAGAAGCAGCAGGACAUGCACAUGUGUUUCAAGAAUCUGAUGGACAGCAUCGAGAGGAAUCUAAGGACAAAGAACAGAGACAGAUUUACCCAGAACCUGUCUGUAUUCAGAAGGGAUGUCAACGACUCUCUGCGGACGUCAAACACGUCGGGGAACAACGGCGAUGGAAGCACGGGAAGCAACUCGACAGUGACAGUGGACAUGAUGAGCUAACACAGAAUGAAUGCAUAUGGGACUAAAGGAGUCGUUCAGAGUCUGCAUGUUCCGGCUGUCACUGAUCAACCAUAGAGUAAUAUAUGUGGCCAUGGAUGGAUGGAUGGUGAUUAGGUGUGGAUGGAACACAAAUGGAAUUGGUGGAUAGCUACGGAUAACAGCAUAUGUGGAACUACAGAGAUCAUGCAUUCAGUAGCUUCAGAAAGGAGCAUAUGUGGGGCUACAGCGGAUCGUGCAGCUAUUAGUGGAUAGCUACAGUAGACAGCAAACAUGGGACUACAAAGGUUGUGCAUUCAGUGUUGCAUAGCUACAGAAAAGAGCAUAAAUGGGACUACAGGGGUCGUGCAGCCAUUAGUGGAUAGCUACAGUAGAGAGCAUACAUGGGACUACAAAGGUCAUGCAUUCAGCAGUGGAUAGCUAUAGAAAAGAGCAUACAUGGGACUAAUCACUACAGGGGUCGUGCAGCCAUUAGUGGAUAGCUAUAGAAAAGAGUGUACAUGGGACUACAGGUGUUGUCCAGCCAUUAGCGGAUAGCUAUAGAAAAGAGUGUACAUGGGACUACAGGGGUCGUGCAGCCAUAAGUGGAUUACUACGGGAAAGAGCAUAUGUGGGGCUACAGAGGUUGUGCAGCCAUUAGUGGAUUACUACAGGAAAAGAGCAUAUGUGGGACUACAGGGGGUUGUGCAGCCAUUAGUGGAUUGCUAUAGGAAAGGGCAUAUGUGGGGCUACAGGAGUCGUGCAGCUAUUGGUGAAUAAAUACAGGAAAGAGCAUACAUGGGACUACAGGGGUUGUGCAGCCAUUGGUGGAUAGCUAAAGUAGAGAGAAUACGUGGGACUACAGAGGUCUUGCAGUAAUUAGUGGAUAACUACAGAAAAAUAACAUACAUUUCAACUAGAAUGGCCAUGCAAUCAUACUUAACUUGUUCAGAACUGUAAUCGUGGGAUAUUAGGAUUUGUUUUUUACACAUGUGCGGUACGUUUCGCUUGGUGUAACACAAUUUGAAUCAUGUGCUACUUUGAAGGUGAUUUUGGUUUUUCUUUCAUCGAUGUUCUCUCUUCUUUCUUCCCCUUUAAAAUGACUUUAUGUAAAAGGGUUUUAUGAGGGAAGGUUUGGUAGGGAAGACCCUCAAUUCCAUCCAUCUCUCGGACUAUUUGUUAUUCUAAAUAAAUACAGAGAAAUCUGUUUCCUUUAUUGUGAUCAUAUUUGUACACUGGAUCUAAAAUGUUGUCCUUGUGCAAAUCGCAUUGGGCUUAUUCUUAUGCUGCAAAUUAACAUGUAAGACUCUUUCAUUAUGCAACUUCAUAUUUGAAUAUCUUCUUUUCUUUUUGUCUAUAAUUUGCCAAUGCCGUAAUGUAAUUGAAGAACAUUAAUUGCCAUCUCUUUCUGUCUGUAAGGUGAAUGAUUACAAAUCACGAGCAAUUUGUUCAGGCAAAACUUUUAUUUUUAGUGUUUAGAACACUUUCCUUGGGAUGUCCAUAUUAACCUCAGAUUUUAUUGCUACUACAUGUUUUGUAGGGGUUGUCAGUAGGGCUCAUAGAAAAAAUGUUUUGUAUUUGCUCUGGAUUCUUACAUAUGAUGGGAAGUAAUAUUUGCAGUAUGGCAUGAUAGUUUGGUGAGUUUGGGGAUGUGCAGCAUAUUUCUUUCUCAAAAUACUCCUUUCUCCAAAAAUUUGCAAGACAAAAGUCUCCUGUUUGAAAACUGAAAAUCAACUACUUGGUAAAUUAUUAUUACAGUAGUAAACAAAUGCAAUUAAGUUUUUACUCUGGUAACUAUAUAUUACAGGUACAUGUAGUAGAAUUGGCAUUGUGACGUGAUACCUCACUGAAGUUUAAACUUAUUGAAAGCUUAUACUUUUUGUAUUCAAAUUCCUGAAAAGCCAUUGUCCCUGUAACCCUGUUUGAAAACCAUUCAUUGUACCUUCAAUAGUUGGUUUAUAAUUCAUUAUAAAUUAAGUCUACCAGAGUACAGGGGUGGUCCUCAAACAAAAAAUUAAACAGUAAAAUUGGAAAACGUGGAAGGAGUACGAACUGGGCCCCGUUGCACAAAACUUACCAUUGAUGGUAACUUUGUCGUCAAUGAUAAUUACCAUGGAAACCUUGAUUUUGAUUGGCUGUUGAGCCCUGUUACCAUGGUAGUUGCCAUUGAUGGUAAAGUUACCAUCAAGGGUAGUAAAGUUUUAUGCAAUGGUGCCCUGGUGUAUGAAGCACAAAGUCCAUUGGGCUCGAGUGCUUGCUUAAGGGCUCUAGUUGCUUGCUUAAGAGCUAUUCUGCUUGCUAAUAAGGUUCCUAGAUGCACUGUGGUGCAAUCUGGGUCAAAUUUUGAAGCAGUUUGAAACAAAUUUUAGGACUAAUAUUUCAUGGGUAUGUUUGGUUGAGAAUGAAUAUUGAUAUUUUAGUGAUUUUCAAAUCUGUACAAUAGCAAUUCAAACCUGUCACUGUUACAGGUUUAAAACCCUUGUGGGCCACACUGAGUAGUACCAUAGACAAAAUACCAUUACAAUUAGAUGCACUGCAGAAGGGCACAAUCCCAAAUUUGGGGUAAGAUUUUUAAAUAUUUCAGUUUUUUUUUCUGGAAAGAAUAAACAUAUCAUAAAGAGAAUCUAAAACAUAUCACAGUUAACAGUGUAGGUAAAGCAUGCACUUUAAUGUAUUACCGGUACAUAGAUGUAGUCCGAGAAAGAUGAAAAUUUUAAAAUGCUUAUAUUGCUUAAAAUUUCCACUGGCGACAUGUCUGUUCAUUUUUCUUCUGCCAGGCACACAAAAAUAUUCUAAGUUUAAAAUCAAAGUCAUUUAGGGCUUGCAGCAUCAAUAAAUAAUUUGCACAACAUUGUGGAGAACACAAGCUACCUUAUUAAUUCAAAGAGUGUAUCAAAAAGAGGGGGAAAGGGAAUUACUGACAAUACUGUAUGUUAUUGUGGGUAUGAUGGUAUGGACAAUACCUGUUUUAAGUUCAUGUACGUAUUUCAACUCUUUUUCCUGAGUGAUAGAUGAUAAGCAGCUGGUGUGAAAUCUGAACUAAAUUGUGUCUGGUCUGCGUAAUAGUAUCCUCGGUGUUCGUGCAUAUUCUGAAGAUUCACACAUUUAGACUCGAGCAAACCAAAAUGUCGCCUUUUGUCAAGUUUUAGAAGUUUCUGUUUGCAUGGUAACAAGUGUGACAAAAUCGGAGUGAUAUGAAAUGAUGCAUUCUAAAUCUUUUCUUAUUAAAGUUCCUUAUUACAAAGCCAAUGAUAAAAAUUAUUUUAAUUUAGUCACUGUAACUAAAAAUCGUAAAUUUGCUCUGCAUUUUAUUGAUCGGUGCUUGGUUAUGAAAUUUUUAAAAGAAAUGUAGCGGAGAAGUUGUGAAAGUAAGGAAUAUUAAUGCCCCGAGUGCAAAAUGCAAAAUUAUAAGUAAAAAGAUAAUAUUAAUGCAAUAUUUCAGAAUCGAUGAAAACACAGAAAAAAGUUUGGUUGAUUGGUCCAAUAUAAUUUUUUUUAAUUUGUUAAUUUUUGUUGUUGGAGGGGGGGGGUGGAUAUAUAUUGUUUCUGUAGGUAGGGAACUAUAAUGAAAGAAUUGUGUGGGUUAUUUUCAAAGUGUGUCACAUUUGUUUCAGUUUAAUGUUUACAGCAUCUAGUAAUAUUUUACGAUCGUAAUAUUCGUAUGAAACAAGCAUUGGAGGUAGUCAAUAGCGAAAAACUGAUUUAGAAAUGAAGAAAAAAAGGAAGCCUGUCUGAAGUUGGUUAACACAUCUUGGGGAUUUCUUUUUUAAAUAUUGACAUGAGGGUUCAUAUUGCAUUGACACAGAGACUUGUUUGUGCUUGAGUGCAUUGUAAGUGAAUUUUGAAUUCUCAAAUGACAAUGAAAAAUUCAGGCAAUACUGCUCAUUAUAUGACUUUGGCAAGGUGUUAUCAGAGUUUUAAAAAAUCUUCAGAAAGUGGUCUGGUAGGGAAAACUUUGCAUCUUUUAGGGUAACAGGAUGUCUUUUUAAAAUCAAAUUUGAUUUGAGUAGUGAGAUAUUGGAGAAUUACAAAAUUACAUUACAAAAAGUACAUUUCUUAUUACAAAUGUAGCUGAAUGAACAGAAAGACCCCAUGUUAAUGAUAUGAUACAGCAAUCAUUAGCAAAGUUUAAUGCAUUAAUAUGAAGGAAUCUAUCAAUGCCAGAGUACAGUAUUUGCAAGCCCUCAAUCCUAUUAUAAUUGUGUUUUUCUUUUCUAGCUUUUUUUAAAAAUAACCAAUUAAUUUAUAUCAAAGUAGAGUAAAUAAGUGACGAGUUAAGUAAAAGAAACAAACAAUUUCUGACAAAUAUUCAAUUCAUAAUUCACUAAAUAACCCUUGAGUGAUUAGCAAAGCAAGUUGGUCUAUCAGGCAAGCGAUUUAUUCAUUUUUGCAAUAAACUUGCCUGAAUUGGACAGUGAAAUUGUAAUGAGGAUUACCUAAAAAGUGACUGCGCUAAUUUAGCCAAAGAUUCUUGUAAAAAAAUCUAGGUCUCUGGACAUUGCAUUAUGUAACAUCAACUGAGUGGGUGUGGGAUAUCUGCAUGUUGUUCAGUUUUGUCAAAGGUCAGUCGUUGAGCAAGUGAUAUUUGAAGUUUGGAUUAUACAGUAAUCUACCUACCCUACACUAUCCUAGAUUUGGCAGUUGUUUCUCAGAGGUUUAUUCCACUCUGUUUUAAGUUUCCCAGGAAAUUGAGCAAGAUGCAUUUCAAAUUUGUCAAAAUAAUUUGAUUUUUUUCAAUACACACAACUGCCCCACUCCAUUACAUGUAAAGUCUUUCUACGUAAUGCUAGAGUACAAUAUUUAAUAUAACCUUACGUUUAUUGUUUUAUGGCGUGUAAUAAAAACGAUAUUGACCAUGGGGUCAUGCCAAAACCCAAAAUUUAUGUGAUACGAUAAGAUUACAAAUCUUCUGUGUAAUCACUGAAUGAUGAAAAUGCUUCAAAAUGGAACCUAUAUGUUUUACAUGUGAUUAAGUAUUGUUAAUUCCCCUCAAAGGAUUUUGUUCAUGUUCAAGAAAUUGAAGGCCAAAAAAUGAGUUCUAUCAUGUUGCAGUGAGACUGUUGAAUAACAUUAUUAACUUCUGAUUUAGGGAAUAUAAUAAAAGAAGUUUGAUACUUUCAUUUGUAAGAAUAUUUGUACAAACAUUUGUGAAGAGAAUAUGAAUAAAAUUUGGAGAAAUGUUGCCUUUUGCAAAA